AAUCAAUCAUGGAAUGAUAGUGAAGUCCGCGGAAUUAGGGCCUUUAGUCAACGUCAUACUCUACCAUCCAUUAUUACUUGAACAAAUCACAACAACAGAAAUCUGAUUCUUAAUUUCUCCAAAAAUUUAACGAACACAAACAAAAGUUGAUUUUUAUCUGAUAUCUUUUUCGAAUCCGUGGACAUUAGAAAUCUAAAACGAGGAGAGAGAAAGAAAGAGAGAUAGAGAGGGAGAGAAGAUGGGUUCGGAGGAUGAUGAAAGAGCACUUUUGGAAGCUAAUAUUUUGCAGCAGAGGCAGAGCGUGGCAUCUCUGUAAUUGUUCCGGCAAAUUAAGUAAACAGAAAGAAGACUGGCUGGGCACUGGGCAGUGUCCAGCAGGGGUCAGCUUCGAUGCUGCCUCAGCCUGUUAAGCUAAACUUAAGCUUAAUGAUGAUGAGGCCACUUAAGUGGUAGACUGGUUGUUAAUAGUUGGGACUGAAUAACUUUCUCAUCUAUCUUUUCUUUGAUUCCAUUCCCACUCAUCUUUGAGUUGAUACUCAUAAAAACCAGUCUACACUCAUAGCCAUGAACGUUAAAAGUUGGGACUGAAUAACUUUUUCAACUCCCUCCGGCAUUGACAUCAUCAAUUUGUAUCCCUGAAUGUCACUAAUUUGUGAUCGAAUACUAUAGCCAUUGCAAUUUCAGUCAGGUUGUUGAUACCCCGCUUCUAUUGAGUUCCACAAUGAAUGAAGGCAGUGGCCUCUACGCCGGAGAUGGUUCAGUUGACUCAAAGGGGAAGCCUGCUCUCAAAAAUAAUACUGGACAGUGGAAAGCGUGCUCCUUCAUUCUUGGUACCUUUUUCUGUGAACGCUUGGCUUUCUAUGGGAUUUCUACCAAUCUUGUCAACUAUUUCAUCGAGAAACUACACGAAAGAACUGUUGUUGCUUCAACAAAUAUUACUAAUUGGAAAGGAACUUGCUAUAUUACACCCCUCAUUGGGGCCAUCUUAGCUGAUACUUAUUGGGGAAGAUAUUGGACAAUUGCUGGUUUUACCACAGUCUACUUAAUUGGAAUGUGUACACUGACUCUCUCAGCAUCUGUCUCGGCACUGAAGCCUGCUGAAUGUGUUGGUUCUGUAUGCCCUUCAGCUACUACUGCACAAUAUGCAGUGUUCCUCACUGGACUGUAUCUGAUUGCAUUAGGGACCGGCGGGAUCAAACCUUGUAUAUGGCCUUUUGGGGCGGACCAGUUUGAUGAUACCGAUCCCAAGGAAAGGGUGAAGAAGGGAUCCUAUUUCAACUGGUUUUACUUUUCUCAAAACAUUGGUGCUAUUAUAGCAAGCAGUUUACUGGUGUGGAUUCAGGACAAUGUUGGUUGGGGAAUUGGAUUUGGAAUUCCUACAGCCCUUAUGGGUGUUUGUAUUGCAAGUUUAUUGAUAGGCACACCUCUAUAUCGAUUUCAGAAACCAGGCGGAAGCCCUCUAACAAGAAUAUGCCAGGUUUUGGUUGCAUCAUUCCGCAAAAGGAAUCUGAAGGUGCUUGAGGACAACAGUCUCCUCCAUGAAACACAAGACAGAAGCUCUGCCAUUGAAGGGAGUCGUAAACUGGAGCACAGCAAUGAACUAAGGUGCCUUGAUAAAGCUGCCGUGAUAUCAGAUGCUGAAAUUGAACAUGGGGACUUGUGUAAUCCAUGGAGGCUUUGUACCGUUACACAGGUGGAGGAACUGAAGAUUUUGAUCCGCAUGUUUCCAAUAUGGGCAACAGGAAUUGUGUUUUCUGCUGUGUUUGCCCAAAUGUCCACACUGUUUGUGGUACAAGGGAAGCUGAUGAAAAGAACUCUGGGUUCUGUCACCAUUCCUGCAGCAUCUCUCUCAUUUUUUGAUUUCGUAAGUGUUAUUAUCUGGGUCCCCAUCUACGAUAGCAUAAUCAUCCCAAUCGUUAAAAAGUUAACAAGGAAGGAGAGGGGCUUCUCGCAGUUGCAACGGAUGGGAAUCGGGUUGUUUGUAUCAAUUCUAUGUAUGGCAGCUGCUGCAUUGGUAGAGAUUAAGCGAUUGCAGCUUGUCGCAGAGCUUGGAUUGGAAGACGAAAAGGCUGCUGUACCACUUAGUAUACUUUGGCAAAUUCCCCAGUACUUCUUGCUGGGCGCUGCAGAAGUUUUUACGUUCAUCGGACAGCAUGAGUUCUACUAUGAGCAAGCUCCAGAUGCCAUGAGGAGUUUGUGCAGUGCAUUGUCUCUUCUCACAAAUUCAUUGGGGAAUUACCUCAGCUCUCUCAUUCUGACUAUUGUAACUUACAUCACAACAAAGGGUGGGAAGGCUGGAUGGAUUCCAGAUAACUUGAAUGAGGGCCAUCUUGAUUAUUUCUACUGGCUUUUAGCUGGACUCAGCUUCUUAAAUUUGGUGGUGUACAUGGUCUUUUCCAGAAACUACAAAGAGAAGAAGGCUGCUGCUGCUUAAGAUCUCAACAAGGCAUUCUUUCAACCUAAGAUCUCUUCUCACCAAGGGAUUGUUACCUAUAUUAUCAUUGUAAAUAGAAGUUUGAUAUGUAACAUGUUUCCAAUGUGGCAUUAUUUCUGGAAACAAUUGUUGUUCAUUGUGUAUAUGAGCAUUUACAUGCUCUGCAAUUGUAAGUUUCCUUAGUCAAAAGGAGUAUGUAAUUGGAUUGCGAUGGUUAAGUAAUUUCUCAACCAUCAUUCUUUCAGCAUUAAAGUCUCCCUUUGUUUUUUC